AAUUUUAAAAAAAAAGAAAGGGGCUUUGAUCUCGGUGUUUCUUUAUCAAGAUCCCAGUAGAAUUGGUGAUAGCAGCCCUGCUUUGAGGAGGCUGCCAGUAUAGCAGCUCGGCUUUUCUGAAGGAUUAAAAGAAGGGCUCCUCUGAUCGCAUUUCAUGUUCAUCGGCUGCUUGCAUGCAGAGGUUUGGAUUCCUGGCACCCAGACUUCAGGUGCCAGCAGCCCUUCUGCGACGUCAGAUGCGCUGGUGUGCCCAGGCCACUGGCUCGCUCUCAAUGCUUGCGCCUUUCCUGGUCUCGAUCCGGUGUUUAUUGCAGGAAACACUGGCAAAGGUCUUGGCUGAAUUGGGGAUUAGGGGGUGCAUGACUCCGUUUUCUACUUAGAGUGAGGCUCAGCGGUUGGGGAAGUGCGCGCGUGUUUGUGUAUCUGUCUGCCCCGCUCCUACUGUUUGGUCAGAGCCCAAAGAGAGACGUGCUGCGCAGACCUGCAGCCUGUAGGGUUAAGCAUCUUGGUAACAGACCGGAAAAAGAGAGCCAACUUUUCCAUGCUGAGGUGCAAUUGCCUGGGGAAAGUCGCGUAGGUGCAGGAAUGUGAUCUUCCCAGAAAGAUCUGACUGAGAAUUCUCAACGUAGCCAAAGUGAAAGUGAGCCGCCAGGGCGGCCUGGGCAGUCCGAUGUUUAUUCUGGCUAGGACAGGAAGUAGCUGGAGCUGAAUAUUCGGAUGAAUUGUUGCAUGCUGUGUGUCGUGCAGUUGUGUGGAAUUUCUUUCUGGAAAUGAGAUCGCAGAGAGAGAUAAAGGAGAGAGGAAGGGAGAGAGAGAAACAUCAAUGACAGAGAGAAGCAUCGAGCAGUUGCCUCCUGUACACACCCAGACCAGGGCUUAUAUGCACUUGGACCAGGGACCAAACCCACAAUCUAGGUGGUAUGGAUUCCGUGAGGCAAGUGUAACUUUGACCUCCAGCCUUACAGCCACAGCCUGACACCCAGUUGGGCAGGAAGGGCACCAUGGAUGGCUUAAUUGAACAGAAGAGUGUGCUGGUACACAGUAAAAUCAACAAUGCUGGCAAGCGGAAUGGCUUAAUUCACACCAGAAACUUCACAGCUGAGAGUAGAGAUGGCCUGGUGUCUGUUUACCCAACACCCCAGUACCAGAACUGUCGGGUGGUAGGCAGUGCAGCAGUUGCCACCCUGGAUAGCAGGAGGAAUGAGCCAGUCCAGCACCUUCUGGACCCCAGCACCCUUCAGCAGUCAGUGGAGUCCCACUACCAUCCCAACAUCAUCCUCUACUCCGAGGGUGUGCUGUGUUCCUGGGAAGAUGGUGUGGCUGCCGAAUGUUGUGAGACCACAUUCAUUGAGGAUCAGUCCCCUACCAAAGAGAGGCUGGAGUACCCUGAUGGAAAGUUCAUUGAUCUCUCAGCUGAUGACAUCAAAAUUCAGACCCUGUCCUAUGACGUGGAGGAGGAAGAGGAAUUCCAGGAGCUGGAGAGCAACUACUCCAGUGAUACAGAGAGUGAGGACAACUUUCUCAUGAUGCCCCCACAGGACCACUUGGGCCUCAGCGUCUUCUCCAUGCUCUGCUGCUUCUGGCCUUUGGGCAUUGCAGCCUUCUACCUGUCCCAUGAGACCAAUAAAGCCGUGGCCAAGGGGGAUUUCCACCAGGCCAGCACCAGCUCUCGGCGGGCCCUGUUCCUGGCUGUGCUCUCCAUCACAAUUGGAACAGGCAUCUACGUGGGCGUGGCUGUGGCCCUCAUCGCCUACCUCUCCAAGAACAAUCACCUAUGAGUUUCCUUUGGGCACACAGGGGAAAAUUUUGGCGCCAGUUGUGUGUAUUGCAGAGCAAGCAGGGUUAGCAAGGGAGAAACACCUGUGUGAUGAUGUGUAGUAUAAAUUGCCAAAAACUCCAUAACACUGAAAUUUUCUACCCAUGGAUUUCUUUUGUUUUUACCCUUUAAUUUUCACAGCACUGUCUACAACAUGAAACAGAUAGGCACUGCUAACCUUUCCAAGUGGAAGCUUCAGAGAUCCUUACCCUUGAUGCUGUCUUUGGAUCGAUUCUGGUAGAUUAAUGACAGUGCAGCUCUCUCUGUAGCCUGCCAGUGCCUGGAAUGCCAUUCAUUGCAUUAACAAUAUACAAAUAGUAAAAAUGUGUUUAUUUUUUUAUGGAAUAUAGUACAAUAACCAGAAGGCAGGGGAUGUGUCACUCUUCUAUCUGUUGCCCUGCUUGACUCCUCUGGCAUUCCCCCAGUCUAUGCACCUUCCAUACCAAAAGAAAACAGGGCUGAGCAAGAAGAGACAAAAUUGUUGGCAGGAACACCACUGUCAUUGGUUUUCAGUGGGUCCAGCACUGAGAAUGCAAAGUCAUACUAGUGUGGGACCUGCCCCCAGGCCCAGUCUUUAAUUCUCUCCACUCCCCAUCUAGGAUCAUCUGACAUCCCUUGGAAGAUGUCCAAACUCAGCAGUCACCACACAGCAAUUUGCAGUCUCAGGCCUCAUUGUUCUAGGGUUUGGAAGCAGGCCACAGUCUAUCCCAAUAUUUCUCCCAGAAGGACCUCAAGGUUUGCUCCAGGAACUCAAGGCAAAGGAGCUAUGGACACCAUCUCAUCAUAAAGACACAUGCUUUGGCACUCACCUUGGUGACAAGCAGUGGCACUAAUGAUCUAAGAAGGGGACGAACAUUUUCUGUUGGCUAAAUGAAUAGUUUUCUUUUUUGUAAUUUUUAAGUGCAACUAUUGC